AUGAAGAAUUCAAAGAUCUCUCGGCGUAUUGAACCAAUGAUGCAUUUGGUGGCGCUUGGAUUUGCAAUUGGCACUGCCAUCGUUGGUGCUGUUGUCGACAUUUAUGGGGAGAAGGCUGGAGCAAUGUCCUGUUGGAUGAGCAGAGACAGCAAAGAAGGUACAUCUGGAUCUAAGGAAACAGCAGAAAGUGCUAUGGUGUAUGAUAUCAUUGGAACUGUUUUCUUUGCCUUACCUGUGCUGGCCGUAUUCAUCUGCCUGGUAAUCAACAACGUUGUCAUCUAUUUGUUUGUUCGGCGCCAUAUUCGAAAGCAUCCAUCUCAAGAGACCGAGGAUUCCACACCGGGCGAUGUGGAUGUAUCGUUUGCCGAAUCGUCUGAUUCAUCGAAAGGGUCUUCAAGAAUAGCAAAUAGCACAAAGAAAACAUCCAGGCGAGAAAGCAAGAACAAAGACAAUAUAUCGAAGAGGAAGAUAGCAAGCCAGUCACAACGACUGCAGCUGGUUUGCUCACAAGCGUUUCUGUUUGUGAUGGCCUUCAUGGUGUGCAAUGCUUGGAAUUCUUUAAUGGGCAUUUUACCGGGCAGUGACCUGAAAGACAUAGAAUUGAUGGUAAAAUACUAUCCUCUGGCAGUGUUGCAAGCAGCUCUACUCCCGUUACAGGGCCUUUUCAAUGUAAUAAUCUUUUUGCGUCCCAAAUACUUGAAGCUAAGGCUUUCAUUCCCCAGGGAAGGGAGAUUUUGGACAGUGAGACGAAUAUUUCUUGGCGACAAGCUUCGACCAACUGUUUGUGAUGGUUACAAGCUUGAUGCACAGAGUGUUACCAAUCGGGGGGACGAGCCCAGAUCAGAAGCAGAUGCACCGGUUGGAGACACGGGGACCUCAAGGAUGGCUCAGUCACGCCUUCCACACAACAUGAUAUCGUCUUUGACGGGAAGCGAGGGUAAUUUUGACGAUGACUCUGAUAUACUAGACGAAGACGACCGAUGGCACGACGUCAGUCCGCAAGGAAACCAGAAUUCUCCAGCCUGCUUUGCCUCUAGUCGGAACCGAACGUCAUCGUUGGGGGCCAUCAGUGAAUUGUCAGAAUCUGUUUUUGAUUUGACUCCAUAUCAGGCCAACGGAUCGCAUCUUUCUGUAGCUUCGGCGGGAAUGCCAGCACCCACAGAAUCAUCAGAGAGUCGUUGGAAAGAUGGAUCAACAUCAGCACCAGUGACUGCUCCUCCGAGACCUGCUCUAUCUACUGUGGAAAGCAGUGAAGAUGACUUAUUGGAUGGCAUAGAAAGAAGAUCCCUCAAGACAGAUUCAAGGAUGGAAGUUCCAAGGCGCAAGUGUGAUGCAUCUGUUGAUAUGCCAAUUCAGGUGCCGAUACGUACAUCAGACGUAUUGAAGGUAUCAAAUGAUUCGCCUAUUUCCGUUCCAAAACGUACAUCGGAUACACCAGUCGAUCCUCCAACACUGAGUUACUCUAGCGGUUCAGAUGAUCCAUCAGUACUAGAUCCAGAAAAGCUGACAAGGCGAGAUAUCGGACCAAGAAGAAAAAUGGCAUACGAUAUGCCCUUGGCCCGGCCGAGCCGAUUUGUGAGUCUACCUCAUUCCGAAGUUGAAGAUGCGUGA